GUGGCAUGCUGUUGCUUCAUGGACUUGGGAUGCUCAGGAUGAAACAUGUGGGAUAUGUAGGAUGGCCUUUGAUGGUUGCUGUCCUGAUUGUAAACUCCCUGGGGAUGAUUGCCCACUUAUUUGGGGUGCAUGCAACCAUGCGUUCCAUCUUCAUUGCAUCUUGAAAUGGGUGAAUUCACAGACAUCACAAGCACACUGUCCCAUGUGCCGAAGGGAAUGGCAGUUCAAGGAAUAAAGAAUAGAUUUAAAUAAGCUAAUUCCAUCCAUGAGGUACAAAAUUUCUGUUGGCUAUUUGUUGUCUGCCUAUGCUAUGAAAAUAACUCUUUUGUACCAUAAACUACUUUGCCAGGAAAAGGCAUGUAUGGUAGUGCUUGUGUUUGAUCAUGAGAACAAGGACCACUUGAUUGCAACAUUAUCCGGCCUUAUUACAGAUCGUUUCUAUAUAAUCAUGCCAAGCAAAUACUAUUCUUAUCUAUACAA